AUUUAAAUUCAGAAAGGCGACGUUGUUGUCAGUGGAUUGUGUGAACGUUGUGUACCGGUCUCUGAAUAAAAAACGAGUUCAUUUGCCGGCUUUAUUUUGUGAAAUAAUACCCUUAACGAGAACCAGUUUUUUUGUGGAAAAGUAUUUAUAUUGACUUGUGAUUACUUUUUUGGGUUACUCUCUUGUAGUACAUUAAAUAUUAACAGUUUAUCAAUUGUUCAGUUGGGGACCAGACUUUACAUUUAGGGUGAUUUGUUGUCUAUACCAAAUUUUUGGUAAAUAGAUGGCAGCUCCGUGGCAGGCCCCCGGUGCUCAAGGCCUGUACGACCCUGGGUUCGAGAAGGAGGCCUGCGGCGUCGGUUUCGUCGUUGCGAUCGAUGGGCGUCGCGACAAAAAGAUCGUGCGCGACGCACAGCGUCUCGCCGUGUCUAUGAACCAUCGGGGCGCGUGCGCGUGCGACAACGACACUGGCGACGGAGCAGGAGUACUUACCGCUAUACCACAUGAUUUUUAUACUGCUAAACUUAAAGACGAACAAAAUGUCCAGUUGCCACCGUUCGGACAUUACGGUACAGGCCUCUUCUUUCUGGACAAAUUGCACCACCAGGAGUCAGAGAAUAAGUUUGGAGCCUUGGCAGAGGAAUUGGACUUGUCUGUGCUGGCUUGGCGUACCGUACCAACCAACAAUUCCGCCAUAGGGGCAGUUGCUAAAAGCUCCGAACCUUUUAUGAGACAGGUUUUUGUGGCUCCAAAAGCUGCAUUAGAAAAUGCUUCAGAUGAAGAUCUUGACCGCAAAUUAUUUGUACUGAGAAAACGGGCCAGCCAUACCAUCCCCGCCCCAGCCAAGCGGUUCUACAUUUGCUCGUUGAGUCGAAGAACUAUUGUGUACAAAGGGCAGUUGACUUCUGAUCAACUGUGGACCUACUUUCCUGACCUAAUGGACCCAUUAUAUGACACUUACUUAGCUUUGGUGCAUACCAGAUUCAGUACCAAUACGUUCCCAAGCUGGGAAAGAGCCCAUCCUUUAAGAAUGCUUGCUCAUAAUGGUGAAAUAAACACCCUUAGAGGAAACGUUAACUGUAUGAAAGCCAGAGAAGGCGUAAUGAAAAAUGAGCUAUUUGGUGACAAGUUGAAGCAGCUGUAUCCGGUUGUUGAGCCCAACCUCUCCGACAGUGGUUCAGCGGAUUGCGUUUUAGAAUUUUUGGUGCAUGCUGGCCAAAGGAAAUUGCCGGAGGCUGUGAUGACAAUGGUCCCAGAAGCAUGGCAAAACGAUCCAACAAUGCCCGAAGAGAAGAGAAACUACUACCAUUGGGCCGCAUGCACCAUGGAACCUUGGGACGGUCCAGCCUUAAUUUCCUUUACAGACGGAAGAUAUAUUGGUGCUAUUUUGGAUAGAAAUGGCCUUAGGCCUUCUAGAUUUUAUAUUACUAAAGAUAACGUCAUGGUUAUGGCUAGCGAGGUUGGGGUUUAUGAUGUAGACCCAGCAAACGUUAUUUUGAAGAGUCGCUUAAAACCUGGAAGAAUGCUGUUGGUGGACACAGAGGAAAAAUCGGUUAUUCAAGAUGUCGAGUUAAAACGUACUAUUGCUCAGUCUAGGCCUCAUGCCGAGUGGCUUAAAGAACAGAUUUCGAUGGAAGAAUUACGAAAAGCUCAUCUGGAUGCGGGCCAUCCAGUCAAGCCAAAAUAUGAACCUAGCGGACUUAGUGAUAAACGUCUUCCCCUGUACGGAUACUCUACGGAAACUAUUCAUAUUUUAUUGCUACCAAUGAUUAACAACAAGAAAGAAGCAUUGGGCAGCAUGGGCAACGACGCUCCCCUAGCCUGCUUGUCCAACUUUGCGCCUCUACUUUAUGAAUAUUUUAAACAGCUUUUCGCCCAAGUAACGAAUCCACCUAUCGAUCCGUUCCGUGAAAAAGUCGUCAUGUCUCUACAAUGUCCAAUCGGACCAGAGGCUAACAUCUUGGAACCUAGUGCAAAACAAGUUCACAGGCUGUGGCUGAAAAACCCCGUAAUUUCAAUAGCCGACUUAUACGUUUUCAAAAACGUUUCGCAUAGAAACUGGUCGUCACGCGUCAUCGAUAUUACCUUCCCCGCAGAAUCGGGUGUCGAAGGUUUCCUCAAAAAACUACAAGAGAUUUGCGAAGAAGCCGACGAAGCCGCGAAAGAUAACCAAAUCGUCAUUUUAUCGGACAGAUUAGCCGGCAAGGACCGAGUGCCCGUUAGCAGUUUGCUGGCAUUGGGCGCGACCCAUCAUCAUCUUAUCGAAACCAGACGUAGGAUGAAAGUGGCUUUGAUAGUGGAAAGCGCUGAAGCCAGAGAGGUGCACCACAUCUGUGUAUUGCUCGGUUAUGGUGCUGACGCUAUCUGUCCUUAUUUAGCACUAGAACUGGCGUCAAGCCUCCGUGAUCAGGGCAUCUUGGAUACCAACCUUACUGACGAGGUUAUUUACCAAAACUACGCACAGGCCAUGCAGACUGGUAUCAGUAAAGUGAUGGCAAAAAUGGGAAUUUCCACGUUACAGUCUUACAAGGGAGCACAGAUUUUCGAAGCGGUUGGUCUAGCUGAAGAUGUUAUUGAUAAAUGCUUUAAAGGAACACCAUCAAGAAUUGGAGGAGUAAACCUAGAACUUCUAGCAGCAGAAGCUUUUAAUCGCCACAGGAACGCUUACCAAGUAGGGUGCGAUGCUCUGGUUUUGCGUGACGCUGGUAAAUAUCAUUGGCGUGCCGGCGGGGAGAAGCAUUUGAACGAACCGGCCAGCAUUGCCUCUCUUCAAGAAUCGGCCGCUAGCAAAAAUAGGAAUUCUUACAACAAAUAUGUGGAGUCGACAAUGCAGUCUGUGAAAGACUGUAUGCUUAGAGGGAGGUUUGACCUGAGGUGCUUGGAUCAGCCGCUGCCUUUAGAAGAAAUCGAACCGGCCUCUGAGAUUGUAAAGCGGUUUGCCACUGGCGCUAUGAGUUUUGGAUCGAUCAGUUUGGAAAGCCAUCAAACUCUAGCUAUAGCUAUGAACAAGGUGGGUGGAAAAAGUAACACCGGUGAAGGCGGUGAAGAUCCAGAACGCUACCUGGAUCCGGAAAAACGGUCUUCCAUCAAGCAAGUGGCCUCUGGACGUUUUGGCGUUACCUCCUCAUACUUGGCCCACGCGGACGACUUACAAAUUAAAAUGGCCCAAGGCGCCAAACCCGGAGAAGGCGGAGAACUUCCAGGCUACAAAGUCACUCCAGACAUCGCCAAAACCCGUCACUCCGUUCCUGGAGUAGGACUCAUUUCGCCUCCACCUCACCACGAUAUUUAUUCAAUCGAAGACCUGGCCGAGCUGAUUUACGAUUUAAAGUGCGCGAAUCCGAAAGCUCGAAUUUCCGUCAAGCUGGUAUCAGAAGUCGGAGUAGGAGUGGUCGCCAGUGGCGUUGCUAAAGGGAAAGCUGAGCAUAUUGUUGUUUCUGGUCAUGACGGUGGUACCGGUGCCAGUUCUUGGACCGGAAUCAAGCAUGCCGGUCUGCCUUGGGAGUUGGGUAUAGCCGAGACCCAUCAAGUAUUGGUCUUGAAUAAUUUACGAUCCAGAAUAGUUCUGCAGGCCGAUGGACAAAUCCGUACGGGUUUUGAUGUCGUAGUCGCGGCCCUUUUGGGAGCGGACGAAAUUGGUAUGAGCACAGCCCCGUUAAUUGUGAUGGGCUGUACCAUGAUGAGAAAAUGUCACUUAAACACUUGCCCUGUGGGUAUUGCGACCCAAGACCCUGUUCUUCGUAAAAAGUUCACCGGACAACCAGAGCAUGUCAUUAACUAUCUGUUUAUGCUUGCCGAAGAAAUUAGAGAAUACAUGGCCAAACUUGGCGUUAGAACUUACCAAGAGCUUGUCGGCAGAACUGAUUUACUUAAAGUGGUUGAAACGGGAACCCCUAAAGCCAAAUAUUUGAAUCUUAACUUAGUGCUUCAAAAUGCUUUACAUAUGCGCCCCGGGGUUAACAUCGUAGGUGGCUCAGAAAGUCAAGAUUUCCAGCUGGAACAUCGAUUGGAUAAUCAACUCAUUGACGUUGCCAAACCGGUUAUCGAAGGGACCCAAGAUACUGCGGAAAUAGAAAUGAGGAUUUCCAAUGAAGACAGAGCUUUUACAAGUACAUUAAGUUACCACAUUUCUUGUAAAUAUAAUGAAGACGGAUUACCAGAUGGAAAGUCUAUUAAUAUUAAGCUGACGGGGUCCGCGGGUCAGAGCUUCGGAGCUUUCCUCGCAAAAGGAGUUAACGUAACUUUAGAGGGAGACGCCAACGAUUAUGUGGGUAAAGGUUUAUCAGGUGGAACUAUUGUCAUAUAUCCCCCUAAAACGUCACCAUUUGAAUCACACCUUAACGUUAUUGUCGGUAAUGUAUGCCUCUAUGGAGCUACUUCUGGCAGAGCCUACUUUAGAGGCAUUGCCUCCGAAAGAUUUGCUGUAAGGAACUCUGGAGCAACAGCUGUAGUGGAGGGCGUAGGCGAUCAUGGUUGUGAAUACAUGACAGGCGGCACGAUUCUGAUUCUUGGACUUACUGGUAGAAACUUUGCGGCUGGUAUGUCUGGCGGUAUUGCUUACGUAUGGGAUGUCGAUGGCAAGUUUUCCACAAAAUGCAAUAUGGAAAUGGUCGAAUUGUGCAAGUUAGAGGAUCGCGAUGAUGUCGUAUUGGUUAAACAACUGUUGAAAGAGUUCGAAGAGCUUACGGGCAGUGUUAUAGCGAGUGAACUGAUAAAAGACUUUGAUUCGAAGGUGAAGGAGUUCGUUAAGGUGUUCCCGUAUGAAUAUCAACGUGCACUCAAGCAAAAGGCUAGCAUUGAGCAGGUAACACCUCAAACCAUCGCUCAAUCAAACGAGCCGAAGAUCCUGGACAUUGAAGACGCUGCCGGUGACUCCCAUGAACCGAAGAAAGCAGAACGAGCAUUGGACAAAGUUCGUGGCUUCAUGAAAUAUCCCCGAGAAACGGGAGUUUACCGUCCCGCAGAAAAACGUAUGAAAGACUGGGACGAGAUCUACAACUUCCAACACGUUAGAAAAGGAUUGAGAGUACAAGCGGCUCGAUGUAUGGAAUGUGGUGUACCCUUCUGCCAAUCUAACUCGCACGGUUGUCCGUUAGGAAAUAUAAUUCCAAAGUGGAAUCUUUUGGUCUUCCAAAAUCAAUGGCGCCAAGCUUUGCAUCAGCUGCUGCAAACGAAUAAUUUCCCAGAGUUUACUGGGAGAGUUUGUCCGGCACCUUGUGAGGCUGCUUGUGUCCUGGGCAUCUCGGAACCUAGUGUUACUAUUAAGAAUAUCGAGUGUUCGAUAAUUGAUCACGCGUGGGAAAAUGGGUGGAUCGUUCCUCAAAUACCCCCUGCCAGGAGUGACAAAAGGGUGGUUGUAGUUGGAUCGGGACCCGCUGGAAUGGCUUGCGCCCAUCAGUUGAACAAAGCUGGGCAUAAUGUGACUGUUUUUGAAAGAAAUGAUAGAAUUGGUGGUUUGUUGCAAUAUGGAAUCCCAACUAUGAAGCUGAGCAAACAAGUAGUCCAAAGGAGAGUCGAUCUUUUGGCUGCGGAAGGAAUCGUUUUUAAGACCAAUGUGAAUGUUGGCAAAGACAUUUCUGCUAAAGAAUUAAGUGAAGAAUAUGAUGCUGUUGUCUUAUGUACAGGUGCUACUUGGCCUAGAGAUUUACCCUUGCCAGGUCGUCAACUCAACGGAAUUCACUUUGCGAUGGAAUUCCUGGAGAGUUGGCAAAAGAAGCAACUGGGCGCCAACCACGACGGUCCCCACGCCAAGGAUAAGCACGUGAUCAUCAUCGGAGGUGGAGACACGGGGUGCGAUUGUAUCGCCACGUCUCUUCGUCAAGGCGCAGCAUCCAUCACCACUUUUGAGAUCUUACCAGAGCCCGGUCCUAAAAGAUCAUCCGAUAAUCCUUGGCCGCAGUGGCCUAGAAUUUUCAGGGUCGACUAUGGGCAUGAAGAGGUCAAGGUUAGGUUCGGUUCCGAUCCCAGGGUCUUUAGCAUUAUGACUCAAGAGUUUUUGGAUGACGGAAAUGGACACAUUAGUGGUGUUAAAACGGUAAACGUAGAAUGGACUAAAGAUGAUACUGGUAGGUGGCAGAUGAACACAGUUCCAGGAACAGAGAAGGUGUUCAAAGCUGAUUUGGUUCUACUUGCUAUGGGCUUCUUAGGUCCAGAGAGAGCUAUCGGUGAUCAAUUAGAGCUCGAACUAGACCCAAGAUCUAAUUUCAACACAAACAAUUACAAGACGAGCGUUAACAAUGUAUUUGCCGCUGGAGAUUGUCGAAGAGGUCAAUCUUUAGUGGUCUGGGCUAUUUCAGAAGGACGUCAAGCAGCUAGAGCGGUCGACGAGUAUCUUAACGAAGGAAUUUCAAACCUGCCAGGUCCUGGAGGAAUAAUACAGCCACGUUUACCAGUACCCUGUCCUGUGUAGACUUUCUUUUUUUUUAUGAGAAAACAAGAUUGCCGUUUUAUUUUAUUUUUCGGUAGAAGUUAGAAGGAUGGUUAAAAUCACGUAGGAGACGUCAGUAAAAAGAUAAUAAUAUUACUGCCGUGAUUUUACCAUCUUCAAGAGUUAGUUAUGCAACUAUUAGUAAUUAAAAGAGAGGGAAGAAAUUUAUGAUCUGACCAAGUCAGAAUAACUAAUAUUAAUAAUUAUCGUUGUUCUUCAAGAAGCUUAUAAAUGUGAUUAAAAAUUAUAGUGAACCGUUGCAUGCUUUUUAUAAUUAGGUAUCAUAAAGCAUAGUUGUGGUAUCGGACAUUAUUCCUUUGCAUAAAACACUAAAAACCAACUUUACAGUACAAAAUAUAUGGCAUAUAUUAUUUUUCUACAUGUAAAAGCAACGAUGUAAAAUAACCACAACGAUUUUGUUUAGGUUUAACUCUAAGAGUUUUUUGUGAAUAGUUUUUGUCAUUGUGGGUAGGUUAUUGCGAUGAACUACUCGAUUGAGGAGUAUCUGUGAAAAAUCGGUAAAAUGUUGGGAAAAUGGCAAAAAAAUGCCCAAUCUCUUGGCCUUUACAGUUUAAUAAAAAUAAAUAAAAAAAAUUAAUAUAUUUGAUUGAUAUAGCAUAUUUAAGUUUGUGUAUAUAGAAUGUAGUUUUAAUAUAGUGAUUUUGUUGCAAAAUCCAACCUAAUAUGAAAAAAGUAAAAAUUUUAAUAAAAUUUUUACGAAAAAAUAUUUCAAAACUAUAAAGUCAAGGAAUCGAAGGCAAAACGGCACUUUAAAAGAAACUGAGGAAUUUUUUCUCGGUGGAAAUAAAUCUUUAUUUGGAGAAAAAGCAUAAUAAUAUUAUAUCUGAGUAUUACCGUUUCUAAAAUGACUGGAAUGAGCCAUUUUGCAUUUUUCGAAUGUUGGUAAUGAAUAAAUUAAUUUUUCAUAACAUACCUGCAAGUUAUCUAGGGCAGUGUCUAGGUUGACGGUGUAAAAUUAUACCUGAUGCCAAAUAAGCAUCAUGACUUUUCGGCAACAUCCAAUUCUUUUAUUGAAAUUUUCCAUUACAUCUUAACACAUUUCUUGAGUUAUGUCACGAAUUAUUCGUCUCAUUUCUUCUCAUUCAUCUUCAAUUGUUCAAUGGUUUGGAGGUUGUUUUCGUAAGCUCUGCUUUUUAUAUAGCCCCACAAAAAAUUAAUCCAGUGACGUCAAAUCGCAUGAUCUUGCUGGCUAAUAUACGUCCCCAUUCCUUGAAAUAAUCCUCCCUCCAAACCGUGUACGCAAUAAGUUCAAUGUGUCGUCUCGUGCUGUAUGACAUGUCGCACCACCUUGUUAGAACCACAUGAUCUCUAAAUUCAUGUCCAAUUCAUUCCAUAAAAAACCAAUCACCGUUUGGUAUGGUAUUGCUCCCCAUUUACUGUAGCAUCUUGUUGGUCUUCAUUUUGAAAAGGAUAUGGUCCAAUUAUACCCCCAACCCCAAAAACCGCACCAAACUGUGACACGUUGAGCAUGCAUUUUCUUUUCGUUGACUUGCCUAGGAUUUUCAUUGCACCAGGUGUGACAGUUUUGUUAUAUGAGCCGUUCAGCGGAAAAGUGGUCUAACUCCCUUAAAGUAGAAAUUUAGAAAAUUGAUAUUUUGUAUCUGGAUAAAUUAAAAAAUCACAGUAACAUAUUCUUUACUUUUAUGUAUAUAUUUAUAAUAACCCUGUACUAGAAUUUCAUAUGGUAAACAUUUUUACUGAUUGCGCCCAUUAAUUACAUUUUUGCCGCCCAAUUUCAUUCUUCCAGUAAGUUUUUUUCAAAAACAGAGCGGAAAAGUGGUAUAGCUUGGAGAGUUAUAUCACUUUUCCUCGUAAAAGUUUAAACCAAACUUCACAAAACUGAUGAACCAAAGAAAAAUAAUAGCUGUAGUAUGUUUACUAUGAUAUCUAUUACUGAUAAAAGUGUUCAAAAAAAUAUAGAGCUUGAAGAGCAAAACAUUACUACUACUAAACUUACAGUAAGGAGAGUAAGAACAAGUUAUUAAACAAAUUAAUCUUUAUCAGAAUCGGACAAUGGACCACUGUCAACAGCAUCUUCUUUUGUCAGUAAGUCCAGGAAGAACUGAUGCUGAAUCGGGGGAAUCCACUGAAGAAGUUCUAUCAUAUCUUUUUUCUUAGCUACAGUAACUGAUCUAGGAGUAUCAUACAGUGGUUGUAAGCUUGCAGAAGAAAAGGAAGUACGGGGUCUUCCCUUGGCUGAUUUUUUUAGAUCCAAACUACUAAACUCCACAUGUUUCCUUAUACAAGAGUUCGUAAGGAAUGCUGUCAAACUGUAGCCACUGGACUUGCAACCACUUGAAAGGGACUUUAUUAUUGUUUGUUUUUCUUUUUGUGACUGACUGUUUAAAAUUCUUAGUCGAAAAAAAUUAUUUUGUUGCAUUUCGUACAAUUGAAAUUUGGAUUUUCUUGCAUUGCGAAUUACUCGAAUCCAGUCAUCUUUACUGUAGAUUGAGGCCGGCUUGGCUGCCCUUUCGAUAUGCCCAAAAUCUCUAUCGUUAAGUAAAUAGGAGUGACCAGACACCAUAAACUUGUGAUCAAUCUUACUAACGUUAUUAUUAGGACUCUGAACUAUAGGCAAUGAUAUGGUCAAUAUUGGCACAGUGAAGUUCGAUGUGUUUCAUGAGGCAUGACCCGAUUUCCUGAGAACCCCUAGAGGCCACUGUUUCAUCCCAGAUGUACAUAAAUGCUUGGCCAGUUAAAGUGUGAUGAAUACCCAAGUUAUAAACGUACAUAUUACGCUUAUAGUAUGCAUUUAAUGUAGAAAGUUUGGGGAAAGCUAACGCUUUUUGAAGAUCGAAGGUCAAAACAAUAGUAGAGUCUAAAACGUCUCUUGACGUUUCUCUAUCUUCCUUUAAAGCACUUCUUGCCCGUUCGGCUUUUCUCAGAUGCAGCUUGCUCAGUCUCUAGUUCGUUCUUCUGAGGUCCGUCGGGUAAAAUGGAUGUUUUAAUUUUGUACUUGUCACACCUUGCACAAGUGUCCUUCCUAGGGCUAUGGAACGACAGGUUGAAUUCCUUAUUGAAUACGUCCCUAUAGAUAUGUUCUUUAAUAAUUUGCUCCUAAGGUAAACCUUUUUCAUCGCAGUAUUGUAUAUACAAAUUAUAUGAUUUUCGAAUGUUGAGAUCAGGGCUUAAGAAUUUCCUGUUUGGGUUAUGAGCCCUGGUAUAGUGACUUUCAAAUCGCGGGAAAAGCCCAAUAUGUUCCCUCACAACAUUAAGUGCUUCUUCAGAUGUUUUGUGCACACAUUCCUUUUUCCCACGAAGAUCUUCUUCUGGUAUAUUACCUAUUUCUUCCUUUUUUAGAAGUCUUUGAAAUCUCCCGUUUGAGAUAAUAAACGCAUCCAAAAAGUACUUUUUACAAACUACGAUACUUUCUGUUUUAUUAAUUAAAAUGUAUUUGUAAGUAACAGACUUAGGCCCCUUUGAUGUAUCAGCCAGCUCAUUAGGACGGCGUUGUUUCACAGGAACUCUUUGGACAAGUCCAGAAACAUAAGGAUUUUGUCGAGAAAAACUCCAAAAACGAGAAAACAUGCCGUUUCUUUCCUCCUCGCUAAAAAAGUUAUUGCAACGCUUUACACAGCCACACGUGCUGUGCGUACGUUCAAAACCCUUUGCAGGAAUUAUCGUGCCUUUACCAGUAACAUACUGCUUGCCGCUGUUCCUCAAUAUUUUUGCCUUGGUUUUCUUAUGAUGGUUAUCAUGUCGCACACGUUUUUCCCCCUUUGUACACCAUUUUCGUCACUAUCUAUACGGUUUUCAGGAAUAUCGUUUAAAUCACUCAUUUGUUCCGUAAACAAAACCACGUUUUUCAACAAACUAAAGAAAUAAUAAAACUUUGAUGCUAAUAACCACAAAGUACACACUACGUACCAUAACACUAAAAAAACCUGACUAAACAAAAAAAAGCGAGUUUAAUAGGACCUGGCGCGACAUCGGGACAGCGUGGUGCCUUGACUUAUACCACUAUUCCAGCAAACGAAUCCAUUAUGUUGAGAGGAAUAACGUUAGGAAGCUCUUAUCUUAGCUAAGUUAAAAUUUUGACUUAUACCAGUUUUCGACUGAAUAUAUUAGACCAGGAGAAACAUAAUUAAUGGUAUAACUCAAAAAUUAAAAAAAUACUGAUAUAUAACACUUUUCCUCUGAGCGGCUCAUAUGUAAAGUCCAAGUGAAAAUAAGCCUCGUCACUAAAAAUGAUUUUAUUGCAAAAAUUAUUGUCCGCUCUUCUGCUCUCUAGGAUCCAAUUGAAAAAACUGGCGUUGUUUAUGAUCGGCUGGUUUUAGAUCCUGUGUAAGUUAAAUCUUUUAAGAAUGUACUCCUAAAUCUUUUUUCAAAGCUCUCCAGGUUGAAGCUCUGCUAAUGACAAAACUUUACGAACGCCUUUCAACAAAAACUGAAUGUUCAACCUCUUUUCACGAAUAGCUUGAAUAUUUUCAACCGAACGAGAUAAACAUGCCCGAUCCUUAUGAAAAUAUUGUUUAAUAAUGUAAACACAUUGUUCGAUUGUAUAGCACUCCAUUGCUAAAAUUGUACUGAAUUAUCCAAAGAAGUAGAACCCAAUAACAUAAACAAAGUUUGAGAUAAGAAUCGUAGCAAAUAAAAACAUUCGAAACCUCUUAGUUGAAUGUUACGAAUGUUAGUUGAAGUUUACAAUGUAGCAGGUGAAAUAUGUUAAGCAUAAAGAAAUAGUAAAUGUUAACAAAAUGGAGACCUAGAGGCGCACCUACUAUUAUAAACUCGAUUAAAAUACACAUUAUUCGCAGUUUUCGCACCCAAAAACAACCUCACUCUCUGUAUCGUCUACACCACUGAAUCCAAUCCUCGGGAUUCAGAAUAAAAAUAUUGGCAGUAUAACCACAGCACAUCUUCCUUCUUAUCAGAUGAUAUAUGAAUCGAAUAAACAAAAGGGAUUUUUCUUUUUGACAUGGACUAAUAAUAAUUUUUUUACCUCUUUUUCGUGUAGCUCUCUUAAUUUGUUUUACUUUUGGUAUGGACAAAAUGAAUUCAGGUGACUAGUAAUUUGGGCCAGUGAGACCUCUUCCUCAAAAUCAUCGCUCUCAUUAUUUGGAAGUAAAUUUGGGAUUAAACUUUUUGAUUAUUAACCAAAUAGAAAUUUAACCCAGUAGAGAACAACAUGGCUGGGAAUCGAUAUUAGCGGAAAGCAAACUUGGCGGACGAUCAUCAACAGUUCCUGCUGAUGCCACUGAGUCCUGUUUAUUAGAAUCUUUCAACGCGUUUUGAACUGUUAAUUUACAUUGAGCAAUUUAUGUCAGAGCUUCAUUAAAAUCGUCGCUCGCAUUUCGAACUAAAUAUGAUAGUGAUCGUUGAGGAAGGGAUUUAGAGCCACCUGUGACAUUCUGGGAUUGUAAACAUAUUGAACCAUCAGAUAAUCGAUCAUUGUAUAAGCUGCUAAAAAGUGCGUUUCCGUAAAAACGUCACGGUCUCAUCAAAUAAAAAUGUUUGCUUGCAAAACAAAUAUGAUUCACAAAAAGAAAAUUUGGUUUAUUUGUACAGGGCUCGCAAAAACUUCAAAAACGUGAUUUUUUUCCCGAAUAAAGUACCAUUAUUUUUUUGUUUUAAAGCAAAAUGUCAUAGAAAAAUGUAUUUAGAAUAACACUUUCACUAAAAUAAUGUUAUUUUAAAAUUUUAAAGGCAGUCAACAUUUUGGGAAAACAAGAAAUAUUGAAUAUGGAGAGGGAGCGUUUGAAGAGUAAAUUAUUAGAUUUUAUUCUUAUUUGUUGCUAUUUCAAGCUUCAGUAAUAUUAUUUUAUUUGUAAAAUUAAAAAUUUAUAUUUUCGAAAAUCAUGUUUUUGCUGUUUUUGUAAACCCUGUACAAAAAAAUCAAAAUUUUUUCUUUGUGAAUCGUAUUUAUUUUACAAGCAAAAUUUUUUUAUCAAGAAUGACUUCUUGCCGAGAAAUGAAAUUUUUGGUUCAUUUGUGCUCUUUUAACCCUAUCCGCCGAGGAUAGUCUGUAUAUUCUCUUGUUACGUUUAAAAAUCUAUAAAUGUCAUUUAAAAUUUAAAGGUUAAUGUCUGCCGUGUGAUUUAGCAUUUGGGAUAUUUUCUGUGAUAAAGAGUAAUGCGAGAAUAUACGAGAGUUUUGUUUACGUUUUUUAGUAAUUGCCCCUUUCUGAGUUGAGGGUCUUCCCGACUGAACUCUCUUGGCUCCAGAAGUAAGGCCUGGUCUUUUUUUACGCCUGCUAAUUGAUCCAGGUUGCACUCCUAUAUUUGCGGAAUAUCGCGUUUUUCUAACCCCAUUCAAUUUUAUAAUUGAAUUUGUUAAAUCAACAGAUCUAUUUUCUUUAGCCUUUUUUGUAAGCCUUAUGAAAUUUAAAUUUAGCUGUUCAAUAGCGGACAAAUGUUUCUUUUCAAUAACUUCGCCAUCUUCCGUUUGCGUAAUGGUUAUUGAAGAUAUCUCAUGAUGACUUUCUUCUUUAUUGCUGUUAUUAUUUUUGAUAUCACAUUCUUUAGAGCUAGCAUCCAUAUUUUCAAAGAAAUCUUCAGAAAUGUCAUAUCCGAGACUUAGCUUAGCAAGUGUUUUUUUAUCAUUUGUAGUUAAUAACGGAGCAUUUUUAAAAACUAUAUCGCAUUUUUCUUGAACAGCACAAAGGUGUUUACAAAACUUACCGCUAGAGCCAUAUCGCAUAGAGACAGUCGCACACUGCUAAAUCGAUAUCCACGGUGUAUAUUAAAAAUUAGUCUGCAUUACUACUUACUGAAUACAUGUAUUCAUUAAUUUUUUCUACAUUCAUAUUUUGAAUUUUGCCACAAAAUUUCAUGUACAGGAAAUUAUUUUUUGUUGAUCGAUUAUUGGCAAAUAAUAAGAUGUGUAUUUUAUGGUAUGACUCAAAAACAUUGACUAUAAAAUCAACUAAGACACACAUAUUAAAUGCUUUGCAUCAUUUUAAAACGAUGUCUUUAAAUCUGCGUAUUGAAGAUUCUACGAUGUGUUGUUCCCCCUCGUCAUCACAUUUUUUCUAAAACACAAACACCAUUCUUCCUUUCGUAGCCAAAAUUUGUUUAGAUAAGUUUUUAGGUCAUAUUUCUGAACGAUACUGUCAUUCAUAAAUUCAUUAAAAUAGUCAUUGGCCUCUUCAACUGUUAAAGCGUACAUGAUAUGUUGAAACAACUUCAUUACAUAGCUUCGGUUUUCUUUCAGAAUGUUAUUGUGGCUAUCCCACAACCAACGCCAGAAAGUCUGGCAAACAUGAAAAAUGCAAAGAAAUAAAAUAGGUCUUUCAUUUUCCGACGUAGAAAAUACAGAUAAUAGAGCAUUUUUUCCGCUGCGCUAUCGUCCGUCAUAAAUACUUGUGGAUAAGGGGAACUACCAAAAGAGUCUUCUGGAAGAGUUUCUUUUAAUAAAUUGAAUGCUAGGGAAUAAUUUGCUUCGGUUUGUGCAGUGUGUAAGAUGCAAGCCAAUGGUAUAGCCCCAAUUUUUGAAGCACUAAACAUAAAUGUAACGCACGUAUUAGUCUGGUCGCAGGAACCACUAGAGUCUACGAAUACUACUUCACUGGAAAACCAUUCUUUAUGCGCACGUAGCAUUAUUGGAGUUAAAAUGACAACAAUAAGUGGAUUUUCUCUAAUUGCUAUUUUAGCUAUUCCACUUUCCCUAUAUUGGAUAGACUUCUUUUGUAAAACGUUUAACACACUUAGCUCGUCAGGUCCUCCAAAAUUAGUGGAUUGAUUCAGAGUAUUACGAUUUGGGUGAUGUGCUGAAUCGCAGUAAACAAUGGCAUUCAAGCAUACGCGUAUUUGCUAAGCCAUUCUUCACUGCCUUUCGGAGCACAGUUGCUCUGUAUAAUAGUAAAGAAUGGUAAUACGCGUCCUGGGACCCACCUCAGUCUCACUUCCCUGUGUGCUGCAAGCCUUUCCAAUGCUUCUCUGCAUUCCUGGACUAGCGCAGUAAGACUGAAUUAUAUUUGGUAUCAUUAAAAUAGUUCACACUUUUAAAUCAUUCGGUAUAACUGCCUUUUUGAAUCCAGCCAUUUUCAUGACGCAUGGUAAAAGAUCUUCUGGGUUAUUUAUUAUUCUUCUGGGACUCCAGAAUUAUCUGGUUUUAUUAGUUUUAAUGCAAACCCAAACAUGGGAGGCUCCAAAACAGAAAACAGUCGUAACCAGUUGGUUCCUUUUGUUGAGGUUAAUAGACUGACUGGUCUCUUUCCUUUUUUGUCUAUGACUUUUGGCAUACUUUUAGGAACAGUCGUUACACCUGUUUCAUCUACAUUAAAGAGUCUUUCGGGUGUGAGCUGGUAUUUAUUUAUAUAGUUUUCAAUAAGCAAAGCAAAAAACUGUUCUUCUGCCGUUAAAGUGAUUAAAGUUCUGUUUUCCGUAGACUCAGAAUUUCUAACCAACAAUUUUUUUCAACCAUUUUAGUUACAUUCUUUAGUAUAAUCCAAGGUAAGAAAGCACUUCUGUUAAGCCUCAGCCAACUACGUCUUUAGCAGAAAGUAGUUGCGUGAGGACAUACCCACAGAAGAGAAUGCGUAGAACCUUAUUUGAUGCGCAUAAAAAGGAUCACUUACUGGUGUCAAACUUGUUGGAAGAGCAAAAGAAAAAGGUGAUGGAGUGAGCAGAAGAAAAAGGUGAGAAAAAGAUGUUUUUCGCAAACUCAUAAAAGGCACACGCUCUCUUCUUGUGGACGUGAUACUCAAGCAUAAGACGUUUCCUCCUUUUGGUUUUAGUUUCUGUUUUAUAUUGUUCUUUUAUCCUGUUACAUUUUACACAAACAUCAUAAGCUGGUGAUAAGAACCGAAUGUUGGAUUCAAUAACAAAAAACAUUGUGCUGACAGUUACUAAAAUGUCGCAAAAGAGAUCAGCAUCACUAUUCAAUUAAAGGAGGCAGAUAUUAAUCGAGUACCUGUGACACAACUUUAAGUAUAACACACCUUUCAGAUUUGUUGAUAUUGCGUUUUGAUUGUAAAGCAACAAUCGUUUCCGGAUGCCUUGAUUUCCCUCUACAAUAGUUAUAUCACUUAUGUAAAUUUUGCUAUAGCAGAAACUGCACAAAUAAACAAAAAUAAACCGUAAAACAACAAGCGAAGAAACUGUCGGCUCUUCAAAAACUGGAAAUCGAAUCAUACUGGAUACCAAUAUCUGCAUAAUAUUAACCACUGAGCCAAGCGACAGCCUUGCAUAUUUGAUCGAACCACGUGUUCUGUCGUAACGGGCUUACUGAUUAUCCUAUUUAUUGGAUAUAGCCGGGUUGCAUUUUUCCGUUUUCUAAUGGUUUGCUCUAGAAGAAUCAAAUCUGACGUUACGUUAAUAUUUUCAAAGUUGCAGAUUUCUUGUAGUCGUUUUUUGAAGCUAAGUCAUAUAAAUAUUUGAUUAUUCUCACGUCAUGGCCGACAUAAUUAACACGUUUAAUAGUAAGUGUAGAUUUAUAAGUGCUGUACAGGAGGACAAAUAUGAAAUAUUAUUGCGAAUCUAAGUAUAUUGUCCAGAGUCAUGAUCUGGCAGUGUAAUUUUUAGAAACAAGGAUGUCGAAUAAAAGUUCAUCCAACUUCAGUUGCACGUCGUGCAGAAAGAGCACUACAUCAUACAAGCAGGUAAAUAAACCAAAGUUGAACAAAUUCGUAAAAAAGUAACCAAAAAAAUCGUUAAUUACAAAUAUGCUAAAAAAUACUAAAACUUGUUUGACCUUUAAUGAAUAGUACAUACAAAAUAGAGAAUAAAACUUCUUAACUGUAAGUGUCUUUUUAUUAGUUUACAGCUUAACGAAAUACAGGUAGGUGCUUAAUAAUAAAACAUAGGCAUGUUUAAAUGACACGAAAAAUUAUUAUUAUUAAAGUUCGCUUACUUAAUAUUGCAACGUCAGAUAUGAUUUAGCAAAUGAUUAACGUACUAUGUAGCGUAAGCCAUUUAGGGAACGGAAAAUUGCAGCCGAGUUUGCUAUAAAAUCGUGAAAAUGGCCGCUUUUGCUCCAAAACCUUUUAAAAUGUGAUUUUAACAUGGAUAUAAUUAGUUUUGAAUCGAAUCGCUUUGAUAGUCCAUAAAACUGGUGCUAAAUAGAAAAAAUCAGAUAUAGCCGGUUUCGCACAGAUACUCCUCAACUAUACUGCUACAUACUGUUCGAUUCUUUAAAAUUGCUUCAGAAAACAUAUCUUUGUUGACCUCAUUUUAAUAGUUUAUCAAUGUACCUAUUAGAAAUAACGGAUAGGGCAUAUCACUUCCACUCUAAAACUUUCCAAAUAUAUAUGCUUUUUGCACUUAUACAGGGUGUACUAACAUUAACGAAUCAUUUAUUCAAUUAUGAUCCAUUAGUUGGAGGACAUCCUUUAUAUUAUUUUAGGUUCCGAUUUUAUUUUAUCCACAGCAAAUUAUAGAACGUACACCUAAAUAAAAGUAUAGCCUUAGUUACAAGAAGACAAUAACUCGUUGAAAUGUGAUGUGAAAAUAAUUACUUAGAUAGGUCGCCAAAGUUUAAAAUUUCAAAAAAAUCCUAAAAUAUUAUAAAUAGAGUAUCAAAUGUUUACAAAAUGUAGUUAUGUGUAUGUAAUAUACAUAAGAAGCGCCUA